AUGACCAUUUCCAUAUUCGUCUUCAUUCUUGUGGUUAUUUUCGGUUCAAGUUCAUGGAUCGGAACCAAUUCAGUAUGGGUGCAACUGCCUCUGCUUGUUUCUGACUUGCCUGAGCAGUGGUCGCUUCCAAGUUAUUUGGCUUGUGUCGUCCAGAUCGGUUGCAUAGGACCUUUGGUCUACUCUAUCAUACACAAAGGAAUUCCAAGAUGUUCUCUUCCAACUAUUCCACUGAUUGGCUUCUUCCUUGUCUUAGCCUGUUUCUGUCAAUUAGGACUGGUCUUUUUCUGGGAUAAAACAGCCGCCAUUGGAGAGAAAACUUACUCCGUUGCCUUAUAUGGUCUUAUAUUCGGCUUGGCGUUGGUUAAUUCAAUCUCCAAUGUCCUCUUCUUACCAUUCAUGGCGCAAUUCCAUAGAGCUUAUCUGAACGCCUAUUUUGUCGGAAUGGGCUGCAGCUCACUAGUGCCCAGUUUGUUAUCUUUGGUGCAAGGAACAGGAAAUUAUGAGUGCAUUGGAACAAAGCCUCAGUAUAGUCCACCCAGAUUCUCCGUCUCUGUCUUCUUCAUUUUUAUUUUUGCCUGGACUGUUUUGGCGGCCAUCAGUUUCCUGAUCCUUCAUCACAUAGGAGCUCACAAAGAAGCAGACAAUGGAAAAACCGCUACUGAAGAUGUACAUGAAGGAACUCCACUCAGUAGGACGGCCUCACUCAAUGAACUUUCCAAUAAUGAAAACCGGGCUUCUCAGAGUAGUCAAGCUCAGACUACCACACAAACCCACUCGCACCUUUCCUUUGCCGAAAUCGUCCUGGUGUUAGUUGGAACUGCUCUGGUGAAUGCCCAAAUGAAUGGAAUCAUCACUAGCAUUCAGUCAUACGCAACUCUACCAUACUCUCAGGCCAUAUAUCACUACAGUGUUGUUCUUAGUAACGUUGUUUCUCCAUUGGCAUCGUUUGUUCCUUUCUUCUUCACCAUUAGAGCCAUUCCCGUCUUGACUGGGUUGACACUUACUUCCUCUGUCGUCACAGCAUUCAUCGUGUACUUGGCCACUUUGAGUCCACAUUUAAUUUUCGACUCAAUGGCUGCUGGAAGUGCUCUUGCGAUUGUGUCGUCAUUGGUAGCUGCUGGACUUCAUUCCUAUUUGAGAAUCGUUUUCGCUUCUCUGUUGAGAGAAGGUCAACAAAGUGAAAACCAACUCUUCUGGUGUGGAGUCUUCAUCCAAGUUGGCUCCUUCCUGGGAACUGCGGUAAUGUUCCCACUGGUCAACGUAGCUCAUGUGUUCAAGCCUGCAGAUGCUUGUCCAUCAUAA